AGAGCGACACACAUAUCCGACACCGGCGCCACCGACGACGCACACCGCACGCAGUACCGCGCGUUUUCCCGACGAGCACGUACGGCGAUAACGAUAUUAUAUUAUAUUUACAAUAACACGAUAACAACAUUACGGUAUAUACGACGAUACCGCGGCCGACGACGAUAAAACACCGCUCGUGACACGGUUUCUUCGUUUUCACGAUUUUUCGUAAUUUUAUUCGUGUGUACUUACCGUUCCCGCGGCCGACCGUCACCGGGAGAAGUUAACGUGCCCACCACGUGGACUCCGCGAAGCGCCCGCCAAAUCAUCGCCGGCCUUCUGCCAAGUCAUCGGAACGUCUAAGUUUGUUCUUUGAUAUGAUUGCGUUGGAAAAUCCCGGAUGAUCGAACCGUCGCUCGCAGUACAAUAAAUCCCACAAAAUAAACGUCUACUCGAUAGCGCAGUGUCCUCGAAUAACGACGACGACGACGACAGCGACAUGGUGUGCGCCACGCGAGAUUUCAACGCGUUAAUCAUAACUCUCAUGUUAAUACUAUCGACGGUCAGAGCUUGGAACUCUGCAAACUCGAACACGUCUUAUAUGGACGACUAUGAAAACUCGUGGUCACCCUGGUCCGAGUGGUCGUCUUGUUCGAGAACGUGCGAUGGUGGAGCCACUUAUCAACUACGAAGGUGCAAUGCAGUAGUUGGCUGUAAAGGUCACCACGUCAGAUACAAAAUCUGCAACAUGGAGCCGUGUCCCGACGGAUUGGAUUUCCGAGCGGUGCAGUGUUCAGCCUACAACGACCAGCCGUACGAUGGCGAGACUGUAGAAUGGCACCCUUAUUACGAUGAAGAAAGCCCUUGCACGCUGAUGUGCGUCGACUCCAAGGGCCGAGUGGAAGAAAUGGCCCCGAGGGUGCGAGAUGGCACCAGGUGUAGAUUGGGAUCAUUGGACAUGUGCAUCGACGGCGUGUGUCAGAGAGUCGGCUGCAAUUUAGAAAUCGGAUCAAAGGCCAGCGUAGAUGAGUGCGGAGUCUGCGGCGGAGAUGGUACGUCGUGUUCCAAGGAUUUACACCGCUGGGGAAAAAUAGGCACAGGCUGUUCGGUGUCUUGCGGCGGAGGGUACGAAAUGUCUAGGAUAAUCUGUCAGAACCGAGACACGGGCGUUGAAGUGGAUGCUGAUCUGUGUCCUGGCGAAAGGCCAAACGGCAGCGAUUUAUCUGUGGAGUGUAACAGCCAACCAUGUCCUCCCAAGUGGGUAGCUGACGACAAUUGGAGUCCCUGUAGCAAAACAUGUGGAGGCGGAAUAAGGGUACGACACGUUUAUUGUGUGGAAGAAACAAAUGGCACUAGAACAAAGGUAUGGCAUCACAUGUGCCAUGGACACAAGCCUAAAAUACAGGAACAGUGCAAUAUUCAACCAUGUUAUUCUGAAUGGUCAACAGGUGAAUGGUCUAAAUGUUCGGCAACUUGUGGCGAUGGAAUGCAGAUCAGAAAUAUCACUUGCAAAUCUAAACAAAAGUACCUGACUUGCGACCCAAUGACUGAGCCCAGGCGAACCAAGACUUGUUCUGCAAACUUGCCGUGUUACCACGAAAAUUUUGACGCAGACUCGGAUUUCCAAGUGUCGUCCAAAUCGAGUUUUUCACAAGCCCACGCUCAGCGAUUGGUUGGCCAACAAAAAACUUCUCCACAUACACUGUUCGUUGCCGACAAUUGGAGUCCAUGCAGUGUCACGUGCGGCGAUGGUAUCAGGACGAGGAAAGUAUAUUGCAAAGCUCAUUUAGAUUACACUCAGAUCAUGACGAAGUUAACAGACGACGCGUGUGUCGGUCCCAAACCACCGGAGGUCGAAAAAUGCUCCUCAGUGCCCUGUUCGUUGAACAAAAUAUUUGAUCAAAAUGAGAGGUCCAUUAGGGACGGAUACGCGGAUGCCAGCUCUGAUGAUUUCAAUCCACCGAAAGUCGCCCCCGGUUCGUUUGGUAAAACAUACUCUUGGAAAAGAGAGGGCUUUACGCAUUGCAGUGCUUCUUGUCUUGGAGGCGUACAAGAAUCGUUGGUGCUGUGUGAACGCGAAGAGGACAAGAAAAUCGUCUCCCCAUAUUUGUGUUCUCGAAACGAUCAGCCCGAAGUACUAACGCAGACUUGCAACGACCAACCCUGUCCACCCCGGUGGAACGUUAGCGACUUCCAGCCGUGUUCACAGAGCUGCGGAAUAGGGCUUCAGAUGCGCGAGGUCAACUGCAUACACGAGGUGACCGAAGGGAACACAGCUAUCGUGCCGAACAACAUGUGCCCACAACCACCGCCCACGGACCGGAAGCAAUGCAACAUGAUUGACUGCCCCACAGAGUGGCGGACUUCCGAAUGGUCGAAGUGUAGUAAAAAAUGUAACGGUGGCGUCAAAACCAGAGUGGUGGAGUGUGUACAGAGGAUUGCCCACGGACACAUAAUAAACCGGCCAGACACGGAUUGCGGCACUGACAAGCCACUCGACAGUAGGUUAUGCAACCCGAACGCUUGCAGUUCGCAGGAAGCAGUUAUGGUGUCGGACGUGGCUCAGAAAUACGAACAGGCCACCACCGAGGAGGAUGUCAUGCUCAAAGUCGGUGGUGAGGCGACGGUGUACAGAGGGGUGGAAAUGAAGAUGCGAUGUCCCGUCAACAAGAGGGGAAAAAUACAGUGGUCAAAAGAUGGUCAGUCCUUGCAAAAUGGCAAGAAGGUCCGGAUAUCGAAAAAAGGUAUACUCAAGAUCCGGACCACUACAUACUCUGACCGAGGGACUUAUACAUGCACGGCUGGUAAUGCCCAAGCCACAAUGAACAUCAACAUCAAACCCCAGCCGGGAGAAUUUCCUAGUUCUGAGGAAAUCGACAAGCCUUUGAACCAACAAGACCCAGGCACAAAUCCGUCGUAUGCAAAUCCGCAAGGGAUAGAACCGUCAUUUGACAUCAGCCACGAACGCAUCAAAGGUGAACACAAUCGCGAACAGAAACACAAACAGUCGCGACAAAAAACUACUACUAUGCAGUCAAUCGUAACGAGCACGGCGUCUUCCGAAAAACACGUAGUGGAAACAGAGAAAAAUGCUAUAGACGUCUCCCCAAAACCCACCACUUCCGGAAGUUCACGAAACUUGCCUCACCUUCACAGUCUUCUUUUUAACCUCAAGGCUCUGUGGCCGUUUCAGGGCGUGAGCAACGCACGAGUGAAUAGAAUGUUCAUGGAAGAACCGGCAAACCCACCGGCAGAAACCGAAACCAGCACCGAGGAAGACAUGUUCGGUAAACCCGUUUUGCUCGGCAAAGGUGACCGGAAGAGCGUGAAAUUUGAAUGGGUUAUCACGGAAUGGUCGGACUGCUCUCCGCCUUGCGGGGGCAACGGCUUUCAGAUGAGAGCGGCUCAUUGCAUGGUCAAACUGAAUAACAUGACGCAGAGCGUGGACAAUAACUUGUGCGAGGACGCCCGGCUGCCGACGCCCGUGACCAUACAAAAGUGCGAGACGGAUGAUUGUCCGCAGUGGUCGGUGACCGAAUGGAAACCGUGCGAGGAGUCCAAGUGUUUCACCUGGAAUACUGCGAUGCAGAGGCGAAACGUGUACUGUCAGAAUUCGGAUGGAGCCACUAUAUCGGACGAAGCGUGCCACGGGAUCGAAAAGCCGGUGAACCGGAAGGAAUGCUACAACGAUCAGUGCAAAGGCACUUGGAAAGUGGGCGAGUGGUCCGAGUGUACGGCGUCGUGCGAAAAGGACGGGCUGAGGUAUCGAAUAUUGCAGUGUGUCUGGUACGGCACCAAUAAGCCGGCCGGGACCGCCUGCCGCGACCAGCCCAGGCCACCGGUGAUGAAGACUUGCACAGGACCGCAGUGCGCAACAAGUAAAAACACACAUAACUAAAACGAAUGCAUAGAUCACAGCAAACACAACUGCAAGAACAUAAAACAAAUGAACAUGUGUCACUUGCGUCAAUACCAAACACAGUGCUGUCUUUCGUGUUCAUAAACACAUCAUCCACUGUAAUUUUAUUUUUCUAUUUCAAUUUUUUUUUUUACAUUUUAAAGUGUUAAUAAGUGUUUUAGCAUUCAUUCCGUUGUACAUAAUUAUUAUAUACGAUGAGUUACAAUAAGUAUUAAGUGUAACGCACGUCUUGUUGAACUAAUAUGUAUAUUGUUAAGUAGGUGAAAUACUAUUUUAAUUCGAUUUUGAAUGUGUGCCGUUGAUUACAUAUGAUAUUUUGUACACUAUAGUAUACGUACUAUUAUACUGUUCGUAGCGGUCUAUUUUUUUAUUGUUCUGUUUUCGAAUAGUCGCUAAGUAAAUACGUACUUAAGCGGAAAUCGCCUACUAUUAUGGGAGAGGGGAGUGCUAAUAACUUAAAUUGCAAUAAAGAAAUUGUUUCUGGCUUCCCUCGAACUAUUUUUAUUAAAAUGUCAUUAAUAGGUAAUGUUACAGAAUUUUUUUUUUUUUUUUAUUAGGUAUUCUGUAAAAACUUGAAAAUUUAAAAACUGUUUCGUAUUUAAAACUUCAUAACAUUCAAUUUGAAUACCUAAGAUUUAAAAAUGCGAUACAAUAUAUCCCUUUGAGGUGGUUCUUAUAUAUCCAUAAAUUCACAAAUAUCGAAAUGGCAUGUGCAUAAUUCAUUUGACAACCAUAAAGUUCAAACUGUCUGACUUCUUCGCUCAGUGUAUUCAAUAUACAAAACUAUAUAUUUAUCAGAAGCAAAUUCUUGGGUUUUUAGUACUUAUUUUUAAAAUUAUUAUAGCUAGUCGCCCGCCAUUUACGCGCAAAAACUUCAUAAAAAAAUAAGGAAUUUUUUCAAUCAACAUUUUUACGAUAAUUUCUAAGAAAAUAUUCUCUAUACAUAGUACUUUUCUAUGAGCAUUUUAAACAAUAUUUAUAAAAAAAAAAUAUUCCAAUUCAUUUUUUUAUUUUUAAGGAGUCUUUAUUGUUAUUAAGGCCUUCCUAGAUUUCUGCCAAUUGGUACGUAUCUAUCUUACAAUAUAAACGAUGAUAGUUAAAUAGAUCUGUAUAUGAUGUUAAUAUCAUGAGUUAAAAACUUAAAUAAUUGUUCAAUGUCACUUUAUGCGUGAUUUAUGAUCAUAUUAUUUUAAACGGGCAUUAUAGAUCUUUGUUGAUAGUUUUGUUGACCGUGGAUUUCGAUCAGUUCUAACACCGCAUUCUUCAAUAAUUCAAUCGUAAUAUUGAUUAUUUAACAAUAAAUAUAGUAUUGUUAUAAAUUAUGUUAUGUUGUUAUAAUAAAUUUGUUUACGAUUUAGGUUUAGAAUAAUAAAAGUUCCACACUAAUAAAACGACGACUGAACAAAUAAAAAAAUCGGGAAUAUUCAGUAUUGUUUUGUGUAUGAUUUAAAUAUAUAGUAUAAUAUAAGUUGAUUACCUGUUAAAAAACCCUAUUAAAUGUAAAUUAAGUACCAAGAUAAUAUACAUUCCACUCAAUAUAAUUCCACGUGGUAUGGCAGACUAAACGUCUGGACAUGUCGUAUAUUCUUCGAGUGCCGCCCCCCCCCCACUCAUAUAAAAAUUUAAAAAUACUAAUGUAGAAACCAUUUAAAAUAAUAUUAUUAAAUUUCCGUAUAUAAUCACAUUUGAUAACAACUAUGUUCUACAUUCAUUGUCAUAUUGCAACAAGUGUCACGUAUUCGAGUCAUAUACCGCAUAUAAUAAGACUUUCGUUCUACUAAUAAUCGUUUGAUUUAUAAUAGAUAUCUAUGUAUUGUCCUAUGAAUUCUCACUGAUAAAUCUUAGAUUUCGUACGAAAAAACACACGCCAGUGCACAUGUUGUAGGUAGAUUUUAAUAGACAGUCGAAAAAAACGGUACAGAUCUCGGAGCGUAUAUGCGUCUGUGACACGGUCACGACGAGUUUUUUUUUACACAAUUGGAAUUGUUAAUUUAUCAAUUUGUGAUGUAUUGUGUGUGUGUUGUAGACUUGUAGUACCUACUACCUACGCAAGACGGUUAAAAAGAAUAGUGUGUCGAUUGACGUGAAAGAGGGACAAAUUGUUGUUUUUUUUUUUUUUUUUGACAAUCUGAAGUAAAUCCCGGUUAAUAUUGUUAUUACAUCUUGUGUAGUGCAAUCGAAUGUUGUAAUUUGCGGCUAAACUGAUUUUGAUUUUCAACCUUUCGAGAUCGAUUGAACAAAAUAUUUUAUCGUUUUAGAUAUUUACCACUUUGUUAAUGUAUACCGCCUUUAAUUUUUAUAAAGGUACUUUGAAUAAUAUUGGUAUUAUAAAUAUAAAAUAUUAUCCAUUCACAUUAAGUAAUUUUAUUAUUUAUUGUACAACAAAUUCCUAAAUGCAUUCAUCGCAGUUGUAGUUGUAUUACGCGGUAAAAGUAACUGAAAAGUUGCGAUUUUUAGUGCUUACAAAGUUAUUGAAAAUUACAUAUUAUAUAAUGUCGUUUUUUAUGAUUUGUAAUAUUAUUUUACAUUACCAUCAAAUUCUAUUAUCAUAUAUUAUGUUAGAUGAAACAAAUUUCAUUUUAUUUUUGCUAUGUCUAUUUAUUCCGUUCUAAAGCUAAACUCAAGGUUUUGCUUUAAAAAGCCUAAGCCUAAAAGACUAUUGUGGUUUUAGACACAUUCUUAUUACAUUAAAAUUUGAGGGGGGUUUCGAAAAUUUUAAGUUUUCCGUGUAAAUAAGUAUAUACCCGGACCACAAAGCAAUCGAUCGUUGCUUGGCAACACAAAUAUUAAUAAUUUAUAUUUAAAGUUGUUCAUCUAUACAGCAAUUAAUAGGUAUUCCUAGAGUCUACCUACCAUAAAUUAAUAUAUAAAAAUAAUUAAACAUUUUCAAAAUUAUGGUUAGGCUUGCCAUAAACUAAUAUUAUUAUUAUUAAUAUUUACCGAGCGGCCAGUUCCAAAAUAAAUAUAUUAUUGAAACAUAUUUAAUAUAAUAUUAUAAUAUUAAUAUGUUAUAAACGAUAUGACUGAUAAAUAGAUUUUAGACCAUUAUUUAAUUACCCAUUUCACGAGAUUAGUUAAUUUUAUCCUCGUCAGUUAGAAUAAUGUAAUACUAUAAGUCUGUAAUAGUUAAUGCGUAUAUUAAUUAUAUAGGUUUAUUAUUGUAACCAAUUUGUUUUAUACCUUCUUAUUGUUAUUAUUAUCAUUAUUAUCAUUAUUACUAUUUUACCGUUAUUUCGAUUUUAUAUAACUACUUACCUAUACCUAAAUAAUUAUUAUAGUAUUAUACAUUAUUAUACGUCGAUUUCGUUUGCCGAUUGUCAUUAUUUACAUGCAGACCAACAGUCGAUUAACAGCAUUACAUUUUAUGUAUUAUGUACAUAAUAGUAUAAUACCAUUAUUAUUUUACCUUAACGCCAUACCUAUACAAGUUAUAGACUAUUUAUUAACCUAUAAACUAAGUUAUGAUAAAUUAAUAAAAACAUAUUGUUAGUACUUAGUAGUCCAAAAUAUCAACUGUAUAUUGACAUUUGACACGUAUAGAUACAAUAACAAUAUUAUGAUGUUUUCAAUUUUAUUUGACGUCGAACUUCAUUAUUUUAAAUGCAUUUAAAUCGUAGUCGUUCAUUCUGAAAUAUCGUGUAACAUUAUUAUUAUAAAAAUAUAAUUAUUUAUACUAUAUUAUAUUAUAAUUUGUUUUGUUGGAAUUAUAAUAUGUUAAAAUAAUAUUGUACAGCGUUGUAAUGUAUUGCUUUGAUAUAAACUAUAAUAUUUAGUUGUGCCCAUAAUAAUUAUUAUAUAGGAGACAAAUAAUAAGCAUGUUGGUUUAAAAUAAAAUAUUAUUAUUGUGCAAAAUAAAAACGAAUUUUGUAAUAAA